AUGCUUCUAAUGAAUACAAGAGUUGCUGGAUGCGGUUUACCCUUUUGCAAAUUAGCAUUCGCGUUUCGUUUAAACAGUGGAGUGUCAUUGGUAGGUUGUAGGAAGCAGUUCGGCUCUACAGCCAAGGUGGAUGAUCUAAAAAAUGCAAUUUUAAAUUACUAUCAUUCAGCUCAAAAUUUCGUUCAAAGAAGAAAAGAACAUGAACAAGCAAUAAAAAAUUAUUUUAAAGAAUAUAUGGAAAAAGGGCCUAUUAUUACAAGUGCACAAAUGGAAGAUAUAUUUCUAAGUGCAGAGGAAAAAAAUAUAUUAAAUGAAGACAUAAAAGAGAUUAACAAUUUUGUUCAGAAUAAAUGUAAUGAAAAGUUCGAAAUGACAAAUAAUUAUGUAAAAAGUGUAGUUGAAAAGACAGAAUUAAUGAAAGUUUUAACAAUUUGCGGGAUUCAUAUAGUACCCAAAAUAUUGGUUUUUUACUUGACCGAGAUCAUAUUAAAUUUGAAAAGGUUUUUAGAAAUUCAUAAAAAUAAUAUUGUUACAUAUGAAUGUAGAACAAAGAAAAAUAGUUAUGUAAGAAUAAACAAUUAUUAUUAUGAUAAAGAAAAAGUGGAAGUGCCAUUUUUUUUAAUUUUCAAGUCCUUGUCCAAUGUGUUAUAUAGCCUUAGCGAAAAUUUAAUGCAGAAGAACGAAAUAUAUGAAUAUAUUAAAGAAGAAAUAUUAAAAAAUUAUAUACCCAUAAAUGAUAUAAUAAAUAAAGCUCCUUCUUUUUUAAAUAUUAGUUUAUUAUUUUUUUUUAUAAACACUUGGCUGCUUGUUGAUAACGAUAGAGAAAUUAAAACAUUGUGUCUUGAUAACAUGAAUAAAUAUAUAAAUUCAAUUUCAGACGAUGAAAUAAAUAUAAGUGCAGAUGAUAUAUUUUACUUUAUUUUAACCAUUCGUUUAUUCUUUCUUACCUUUUCCUACAACGAUGUGCUUAAUUACUUGAAUAAUUUUAGUAAAAAUAUUAUUUCAUCCUUAGUGUGCUUUCCACACAACUGUGAGUUCCCAUAUAAUGAGCAAGAUGAAAAGUAUAUAUAUAUAGCAAAUUAUAUGAACAAGAACAACAAGUAUGUGGAGUUAAAAAAUAUAAAGGUACAUCCUUUUCAUUUCCCUCUCUCCUCUUUAAAAAAUAAAAUAAUAUACAUUUUGGAAAAAGCAGAAGAUUAUUACGAGAAUGAUGUUAAUACUUUACGCGCAUACAAUUUCUGGAGGUAUUUCAUAGCUACACGAGAAAACUACAAAUUACUUACAGUAUGCCGCAAAGACGAAUACAGUACUUUAUUUACGGAUGACAAACAAGACAGCAUUUUGGUGAAAUAUGCUAAUAAAGACUAUGUGUACAAUUUUGAAGAGACAGUUAACAUGCAUUUAAAGAGUGAUACCAAGCGGUAG